AUGACACGUCGUAGUAAGAGCUUGGAAUUUUGUACAGUAUGUGCAUCAAAUAAUAAUAGAUCGAUGGAAUCACAUAGAGUGCUUCAAGAGGCAGGCUACAAUGUUAGUUCUUAUGGGACAGGGUCCGCUGUUAGAUUACCUGGUCUCUCUAUAGAUAAACCAAAUGUUUAUCCAUUUGGUACGCCUUAUAACGAUAUAUAUAAUGAUCUUUUAUCACAGUCUGCUGACCGUUAUAAAGCCAAUGGUCUAUUACAGAUGCUAGAUCGUAAUAGAAAAAUCAAGAAAUUCCCAGAAAAAUGGCAUGAGAAUGGUUCAAAGGUAUUUGAUUUUGUUUUCACUUGUGAAGAGAGAUGUUUCGAUUCUGUAUGUGAAGAUUUAAUGAACAGAGGGGGAACUUUGAAUAAAAUUGUUCACGUCAUUAAUAUUGAUAUAAAAGAUGAUAAUGAAAAUGCAAAGACCGGUUCCAAAGCUAUAUUAAAAAUGGCUGAUAUGUUGAGUGACAAAAUUGAUCAAUGUGAACUCAAUGGAGUCCCAUUUGAAGAUUGUAUAAUGGACAUUUUGACAGAAUGGCAGCAAUCCUAUCCAAAUUUACCUUGCUUAUAUUCACCAGCAUACUACUAG